AUAUAUAUGUUUGUUGAUCAAUUGAUUGUCUAAUUCAAGUAUGUUACCAAUAAUUGUUCGUAUUAUAACCUUUGCUUUGGGCUCAGUAUUGAAUAAAGGGGUUGGCGUUGUCCGAAACGCGGUGGCUGAUAAACUUAAAGACGGAGAUGUUACCGAUGAGAAUUGGCGAGAUGCAAUUGUCGAAGAUCUGGAUGAUAUCAAGACCAAAAUCGAUGGACUUUCGCGGAAAGAUUUACUCGCAAGUCAUUGUUUUCUGAAAGAAGGUGUAGAUUUAUUGACUAUCGCUUUGGAGGAAGAUGUCAGAAGUACAACAACAAUGGCAACAACAACAACAACAACAACAACAACAACAACAACAACAACGGCAACAACAACAACGGCAACAGCAACAACGGCGACAACAACCACAAGGAACGAAAGCGACUCUGUAGAUCUGAACGAGGCCAUUGCACUCUCAAACGCCAUUCGAGAGCUUCAAUACGCAUCAAAUGAUCGACUUGUUUCAGCAAAAGAAUGCUUCAAAGCCGCACGCGAAGAAGCGACUCGAGCGUUCUGUAACGAAGCCUUGAAAUUACCCGAUGGAAUCAUGGCGGCAAAAAUACGCGUCGUAUCCAAGAUUUUAGAAUGUCUCCAGGACACAAAAGCAGCCACGUCUGGUUGCAUGUUGUUCUUGAAAGAGCUUCAUUGUCUGCCAGCCAUUGGAGAAACAUUUUCCACAUAUUUUAAAUACACGUCAUUUUCCUCGUAUUUUAAAUCCAAGUUCUACAAAGAUGCACGAUUAGAGAACAUGAAAUCUGUACUCUCUUUGAACUUUGCUGUAUCAGAAUUUGUUGCGAAGUUUUCUGGUGAGUUACCUAACGUCCGAAAAUUGCCCAGAAUACACCUGUCUACUAGAGGCAAAACGAUCCACCCACUGCUUCUUAACAUUGAAGACGUCCAGCAAAUUUUUCGCGAUGAGGAAAUUCAACCGCCAGAAAAUCAUGUCUCUUCAGAGAAACAAAUAAUGCGGCGUUGCUGUAUCAAUAGCAAGGGAGAGCUUAUAGUUUUAUUUUGGGGCGAGGACAAUCGUGCAUUUAUUGUAAAAAGAUCAGGAGAACUUAAAUCGUUUUGUGACCUUCAGCCAGCUACAACAAACCUUGGAGAUCAUGAACGAAGAAUCGUGUCGUUGGCCGUCGAUCGUUAUGAUAACCUUUACGUUAUGGUACGCUUUUCGUCCCAAACUGGGAAUGAGAAAAUGUAUAUUCUGUUCGUGUUCGAUUCAAGUGGCGAUGAGAAAUGCGAGAAUGUGUUAGACUUCAUUGGAGACGAGUCUCAUUAUGCCACUCUAGUGGUGAAUAAAGAUAGUGAUGUUAUAAUCCAUUUCUGUCGUAAGGAUUAUCUUUAUGUCUGCGAGAGCAAUGGCAAUCUAAAAUCUCGCUUAUCGCUUGAGCACUAUUCUACCUUUCAGUUAGGGCGGGACUUCAUUCUUUUGGAAUGCGUUGCUGACCAAAAUGAAAUAAUUAUGGUUACCAGGAAACCCUCUGCUAACAAUGACGUACUCGUGUACACGAAGGAAGGGAAGUUAAAGCGAACGAUAAGUGUGAAGUGUUUGGUACAUGCAGUUGCAUAUAAUUCUACUGCGUCAAGAAUAGAAAUUCUGGGAGAAAAGAAACCAAGGUUUGGAACAACGCCAUCGCACUGCAUUCUCAGUUACUUAGAGAAUGACGACGUUGAAUAUUUGUAUUUACCGACAUGGGCAUGGCUAGGCUAUCCAACCAUUGUCUCGCAUCCUGCUGGUCCUGCAGCAUUUGUAUAUGACACGCGUUGGUCAACUGACAAAUCAAGAACGUUGUUUAUGUAAUUAUUGGGUUGUCAUGGUGAUGCAAUAAGCCAGAUUUGCUUAGCUGGUACAAGUGAAGCCAAGAAUGUAGAUUGCACGCAAUUCGCAGCGCAAUCGUUUUGUUACAUUUACAGAAUACGCAAUGAUCUAAUAAACGCUCUUGGACCUGGUCGUUUUUCGUACUUUAAGGAAG